UCUCGUUCCGAAAGCAUGUUCGCAUUCGCGCCCUUCUGAUAGUUUACGAUUUUCAAAUUCAAUCCUGGUCCAUAGCGAAUCGCGUGCUGGCAACCACCAGGCAGGCGAGUUAGCGGCGCCGUUCAAUAACCGUCAAAUCCGAUCCAUGGGUGCAGUUCGGUAUAAUGGAGCGAUUAAUUUACGCGAUGACAGACGCUAAACGGGAAAGUGAAUUAUAAAUGGCGCCUCUGGGAGGAAUGAUUUUGGCGUGGAAUAAAAGUGAUGCUCGUAAAAGUGAUGGAUGAAGAUUCGAAGUCAGUUGUGCUGGACGGGUGAAGCAAGGUUUCGCAGAAAAGGUUUGAUGCAACGCUGGUGGAUGUGUUCGUGCCGAGCUGUUGUUAUGCAGAAGCUCUAAUUAUAUUUUAAUUAAUUAAUUACGCUACAUUUUGAUAGCAGUGUGCAGAAAAAAAAAACAAAUCCCACGUUAGUGAGAAGUGUCAGUUCACGAAAUUCAACCGACCGACCGACCGAACAAGUGGGUUCAACGAAGCGGACAAUUCGCUGUGCAGUCAAAUGCAAGAUGCGGUUUCUAACUCGGAGAGCGUCAUAUGUCCCCGAUGUAGCUGGCUUGGUGAUGACGGUAAUGUUGAAGCAUUCGAAAAGCCAAGUGAAAAGUGCAAGUUAAUGUUUCAUGUUGCUAUUUAGGCGAACAAUUUUAUGCUGUUCUGCUUUUGAAUGCGGCAUGUUUAAUCCUUGUGUGCAUGAGAUAAUAGAUCACGGAGCGACCAGCAAACAUCAGGGAUGCAGUGAAUCAUAUCGGAUUAGGGAGUCGUGCGUGAGAAAGAAUAACUUCCCUUAGGAAGCGAAAAUGAUUGUUUAAUGUUAGUGUGUAACAAAUAUUGAUCUUGAAUGUGAGUUCCGUGCUAUCAACCGGUUGAAAAUGUAAAUUAUGUUUCGAAACAAUAAUAGCCACUACAGUCAACACACUUCUCGCUGCGGUGUUACUGGCAGGAUACUGUUGCUGUUACUGUUUAUCGUAUUAGAUUUCACCGAUGGCCUGUACAGUCCGAACCUGUGGCCGACAGAGGCACCCAAGCCAGCACACACCUCGCCCGAACCGUACUUUGUGACGUCGGUAUCGAGAAAUGCAACCGUCCGGCAGGGAGAUCCAGCCUUCCUCAGUUGUAAGGUGGAAAAUUUGGGUGCCUACACAGUAUCCUGGAUUCGGCAGAGUGAUCUGCACAUCUUAACCGUGGGUCGGUACACUUACACGGCCGAUCAACGAUUUCAGUCAUUACACACGAACGACACCGACGAGUGGAUCCUCAACAUCAAGUGGACCGAGCGGAAAGACACCGGCAUCUACGAAUGUCAGGUUUCGACGCUACCGGUCAAAAAUUUGCCACUGUACCUAAUUGUUCUGGAUGAUACUGAGCUCGUGAGGAGACAAGACGACAUCCUUUACGAUUUGCCAGUACCUAUCGGUCUACCGGAACCAAAACGGAGCUUCUCCAAUGAAAACGGGUAUGGUGUCAGCGGCAGCAGCAACAGUAACAAUGGAGACAUUUAUAACCGGAUGUACUCUGACAGAGAUUAUUUGUUCCUAACUGCACCCACUCAAAUCCUGGAGGGCACGAUGGUAUACGCGUAUAAAGGAGAAAAUCUGAAUCUCACAUGCAUAGUUAAUCACAACUACGAUCGCCGGCCAAGCCACGUGAUCUGGUAUCAUAAAAACGAUAUCGUUUCUUAUGAAUCGUUGCGAAAGCGAGAUAAAUCCCCCCCGAACAGCAUCACGUCACAGCAUCUGAUACGAAAUGUGGAUUACGAUGACGCUGGGAACUACACGUGCGCACCGGAAUUGUACGGCAGUGCCAGUACUAUCGUUCACAUUUUAGAUGGCGAUGAAACACAGGAUGUGAUAACCAGUCUCGCCAGUACUGUUAAUCGAAGUCUGUGGUUCCAAAUACAGACAGUGGCAGUGGUUGUUGUCUGUAGCUUGUGGAAAGGUUACUGCCAUCCAGACAAACCAAGAUGACAAUGAUAUGUACAAUGUACAUCCAAUUCAAGUGAUGAGAUUGUAAAUAAUUCAGGCAAAUAUAUUUACUGUAAUUUCGGAAAAUUUCGUAAACAUUUUUAAUCGUGGUUUAUGCUGCCGUUCUACGCCCAAUUGUCCCAUGUUACAAAACUGGCAACUGAGAAAAACGCGAUUGAAGAUGAAAAUUGUAUUAGCAAUUUGGAGAGAAACGGUGCAACAAAUAAAGCUUUAUUGUCUAAAAUUACGUUCAUGGCAAUCGUUUUCAAUAUAAUCAGUCCAGUUUUUUAUUAUAGAGAUCAAUUAACGUUAGUUUUUAAGAAAAAAUGUUAGGUGGGACUGUUAUGCCGAGAAAUCGAGCGUAAACUAGAAAGUUCUACGCAUAUCAGUCCCAUAACGAUCUAUGUAAAUGAUGCUCAUAACUCAUUUUUUUACAAAACUGUAUGUCGUGAGUUUUUCUGUUACUCGGAAGUUUGUUGCUUCAUCAAAAUUGGAAAUAGGGUAAAGUACCUAUUUUUACUGUAUUUAGAAGGGUACCUCACAAGAUAUAUUAUAUUCAUUAAUUACUCUGCCUACACUCGAUGGAGUGCAUUAAUUUGGCAUUCACAAUUUUGCUUCGUUCUUAAGAACCAAUCUAAUAACACAAAUGGCCUGAAAACGAUGAAAUGCUAGUGUUUGAUCGCAACUAAAGUUCCAAUCGAGUGCUCCAAUUGUCGCCCUACCAUUUGAUCCAAUUUGAUGAACAAAGAUAGCAAACGCUGAACUAACCAACGGCUUCAAAUGGGUAGCGUGAUAAUAGAAACAUUGCGAAAAUAGGCUCAUUAUCCUAGAUGCGUUCGCCAUGUUAUGCAAGCGACGAUAGUAAUGAAGAGCUUUACAGGAUUGUUCUCACUGCUGUGAUUAAUAUUGCCACUGCCAUCUCUUUUUUAAUGAUCCUGUAUUUUUCCAUCAAUUUUUUCAAUG